ACAGCCCUUGAACUAAUACAGGAAUUAAGAGGUUAAUGUAAACUUGUAGCAGUUACUUGUCCUGGCUGUGGGAGGCGGUCCGGAGGUUGCCCAGGGCAGCGAGGAAGUGAUUGGCGGAAUGUUGCUGUCCACGUUCCUGUUGCUAUGGUAACAGAAUGCUGACCCACAUCGCCCAGGUUGUGAUCUUUGGGGUCUUAGCUGUACUUUAAGAGGUGCUCAGCACCCUCCCCCAGCAAAACAAUGACUGACGGGGGGCAGGUGCAGCACAUUGGGGAUAAUCCCAAAUAUGAAUUGAACGUGAAUGGCAGAGGGAGGAAUGUCUUUGUGACCCAGCUUGAGGAUGGCAGAAAUGAAGAGGAAGAAAUAUUUACACAAUCCCCCGUGAUAAAGGAGACCCCCGGCCGGAUUCCCGAGACAACCUCAAGCACCUUACAGAAAACUCUGAUUCUGAAAAAAGAAGUUGAAUAUGACCAGGUCAGCCAGGAACUUCAGAAUAAAAGGCAGGAGUUUGAAGAACGUAUGCUGGUGUUGGACGUCAGAAGACAGGAGCUUGCAGAGAAACAGUUACAGUGCUCUGACCAGGCUGUCAAGUUUGAUAAGUUCCUGAAGGAUAGUGAUGCCAAGAGAAGACGAGCGAUUGUGAAAUACCAGACAGAUUCGAGGCAGAAUGAAUUACGGAAAAUAGAAAUUGAGGAGCUGGCGAGGCAGCUGGGAAUCCACAAAAUCCGGCAACUUAAACUACAUGAAAUGGUGAAAAAGAACAAAAUCUAUGAAGAUUUCUUAUUGAAAAUGGUUGAUAUUGUUCCAGAAAACUAUCUGGAAUAUGGAAUGGACUCUCCAGUCAAAGCAAUAAUCAGACGCCAUGAAACGCUGUCACUGACCAAUGAGAGUUUGAUAAACAACCUGACCGCCGUCGCUGACGAACAGGAGAACAAACAGCACUUGCUUGAUAUGCUACAAAGGAGUCAUGACACAUCUAUGCUGACGAUGAAUAGUGACCUAUCCCGGCUUCAGCUGAAAUUCGACCAAGUCCGAGAAAAGAACAAACAAUUGGAAUUAAAUUUUAACUUAGACAAAGGUCACUUCAGAAACCAGAGUGUUGAAGUUGGCAGCCUGCUGAUGGCAGUCACUAACUUGGCAGAGACAUGCCAUCUAAAACAUUAUGGACCAAUUGCCGAAGUGGAGCUAUUACAGAAAAUGGAUAUGAUCAAGGAGUUCAUUUUGGAAAAGAUGCAUAUUGAAAAACUGGCAGGACCGUUAAUCACUAAUUCUAGCGAUCCGUCAAUAAAAUAUAAAAAAACCAGCAUCAAGAAUGUAACUUCAGGAACCAAAGAAGGCCAACUCCAUCGUAACAAUGGGAACAAAUGCAGUGUGUCAAUCAUAGACUCCGUUAUCUAA